AUGCCACCAAAAAAGAAGGGAGCCGUCGAAAAGCCUAUCUUGCUCGGAAGACCAGGCAACAACUUGAAAUCCGGUAUCGUUGGUUUGGCCAACGUCGGUAAAUCCACCUUCUUCCAAGCCAUCACCAGAUGUCCUCUUGGUAACCCCGCCAACUACCCUUUCGCCACUAUUGAGCCGGAGGAGGCCAGAGUCAUUGUGCCCUCGGCCCGUUUCAACAAGUUGUGUGAGUUGUACAAGCCAAAGUCCGAGGUGCCAGCAUACAUGACCAUCUACGACAUUGCCGGUUUGACCAAGGGUGCCCACGCCGGUGAGGGUUUGGGUAACAAUUUCUUGGCCAACAUUAGAGCAGUUGAUGCCAUCUACCAGGUUGUCAGAUGUUUCGAUGACCCUGACAUCAUUCACAUCAACGAUGAGGUCAACCCCAUCGCCGACUUGGACAUCAUCAGAGACGAGUUGAGAUUGAAGGACAUUGAGUUCGCCCAGAAGCACUUGGAGGGUAUCGACAAGAUCACCAAGAGAGGUGGUCAAUCUUUGGAGGUCAAGCAAAAGAAGGAGGAGGCCGAGUUGGUCAAGAGAAUCAUCGAGUUGUUGGAGAACGGUGGCAGAGUUGCUAACCAGAAGUGGACCCAAAAGGAGGUCGAGGUCAUCAACAGCAUGUUCCUUUUGUCUGCCAAGCCAUGUAUCUACUUGCUCAACUUGAGUGAAAAGGAUUACGUGCGUAAAAAGAACAAGUGGUUGAUGAAGAUCAAGGAGUGGGUUGACGCCAACUCUCCCGGCGAUGUCAUCAUCCCAAUUUCUGUUUCCAUGGAGUCUCACUUGGCUGGUUUGGAGACCGACGAGGAGAGAGAGGCCUACUGUAAGGAGAUCGGUGCUCAGUCUGCUCUUCCAAAGAUCAUCACCACCAUGAGAACCAAGUUGGACUUGAUUUCUUUCUUCACCGGUGGUGCUGAUGAGGUUCGUGAGUGGACCAUCAGAAGAUGGUACACUGCUCCACAAGCUGCCGGUACUAUCCACACUGACUUGGAGAAGACCUUUAUCUUGGCCCAAGUUACCAAAUACGACGACUUGAUCGAGUUGGGUGACGAGACUGCUGUCAAGGCCGCUGGUAAGUUGUUAUCUAAGGGUAAGGACUACUUUGUUGAGGAUGGUGACAUUUUGUUCGUCAAGGCCGCUGACGGAAAGGCCCGUUAA